GGUGCAUGGCCUGAAAACCAACCACUGGUGUGAAUGAGUGAAGGGCUGAGCACCAGCGGCUGGAGCAGGACCAUGGGUCACAACCCAAACCGGCUGUGUGUGGGGCAUGCAUGUGAAUUCACCAGCAAACUUCAAGCUGGAGCAGCUGUGAGCAGGGUGGCCUUGGCCCAGGCUGGGGUAUCCAGGGGUUGCAGUGUCCAUGUUGGUACCCUCACCUCAUCAUGUGUGCCAAAGCACUCUUUCAGGGCUUCUGUUCUCCCAUGCAUACUGUGCAUCGCUUGCAAGCUUUAGGCAAUCUUCACCUUUCAGAUGUCUGCGUGCCUGUAACCUCCAGCUCCUUCUCCAGUGCAGGGAGGCAGUGCUCUACAUGGAGGCCUACGGGUGUCAGUGUCUCUGCCAGUCCACCUUGGCUUGAAUCUUCCUUGCAGGGAUCACCUGGCAUGUCCUUCCACAUGGACACUGCUGUGGGAAGGAAUGCAAGGACACAAGGAUGCAGGUACAGUGCCGUGGACAGCAACCCUCUGUCUCUGUACGUCAUGCAUCCCUUCUGGAACACGAUAGUGAAGAUCUUCCCUACCUGGCUGGCCCCAAAUUUGAUAACGUUUUCUGGCUUCCUGCUGCUUGUCUUCAACUUCUUCCUCAUGGCAUACUUCGACCCUGACUUUUAUGCUUCUGCUCCUGAUCACCAGCAUGUUCCAAACGGAGUGUGGGUCGUUGUGGGUCUCCUCAACUUCAUUGCCUAUACUCUAGAUGGUGUUGAUGGGAAGCAGGCUCGCCGGACCAACUCCAGCACGCCCUUGGGAGAGCUCUUUGAUCAUGGCCUGGACAGCUGGGCAUGCGUGUACUUUGUCGUGACAGUCUACUCCACCUUUGGACGGGGCUCCACGGGUGUCAGUGUCUUCGUUCUCUACCUCCUCUUAUGGGUGGUCUUGUUUUCAUUCAUUCUCUCCCACUGGGAGAAGUAUAACACAGGGAUUCUCUUCCUGCCUUGGGGAUAUGACGUCAGCCAGGUGACCAUUUCAAUUGUCUACAUAGUGACAGCCAUUGUGGGAGUUGAGGCCUGGUAUGCACCUUUCCUGUUUAAUUUCUUAUAUAGAGACCUAUUCACUGCAAUGAUUAUUGCUUGUGCACUCACUGUGACGCUGCCAAUGAGCCUGUAUAACUUCUACAAGGCCUAUAAAAACAAGACGUUGAAGCACCACUCUGUGUAUGAAAUCAUGCUGCCACUGGUAUCUCCAGUGUUGCUAUUCCUGCUCUGCACGACGUGGAUCUUCAUGUCCCCGACAGACAUCCUGGAGGUCCAGCCCAGGCUCUUCUACUUCAUGGUUGGAACAGCCUUUGCUAACAUUUCUUGCCAACUGAUCGUCUGUCAGAUGAGCAGCACACGCUGCCAGCCUCUGAACUGGAUGCUGCUGCCCAUAGCAGCGGUGCUGCUCGUGGUGCUGUCCGGGUUUGCGCCCAACAGCGAAACGCUUCUCCUCUACAUGUUAACUGCUUUCCUCACCCUGGCGCACAUCCACUACGGAGUGGUCAUGGUGAGCCAGCUGAGCAGGCACUUCAAUAUACGGCCCUUCUCACUAAAGAAGCCCACGCCGGAUUGACUAGGAGUGGAGGAAGAGAAAAUUGGCUUGCGGUCUGCAGAAGUACUGUAAAUAACUGCUGCAAAUACCUGUAAAUACUUCAACCAUCACCACAGAUCUAAACCUAUCCUCUGGACAGACAUCAGGGCAAAGUAUGCACGGUAUCCGGUGCAGCCAGGGCAGGACUGGUACAGGGCAGCCCCCGCUGCUGUUUGGAUGUGAGCUUUUGGUUUUGGGUGAAACUGGCCGAGGAGGGCAUUUAUUUCAAGUCACUGUUACUGUAUAUUAGACCAGAUGAAUGUUCCCAGUGAAACCUCAAACUCCAGCUCUUGCUCACGUAAAGCCAGUUGGGGGUGCAAAUGGCUUUACCUGCGCCAAGAGUCUUGACCUGUCACCAAAACCAACAUAACAGUUGAUUUCUACAAGGUCAGGGAACAUCCUGAAGGUCAGGGGCAUUCCUGUCUGUCCCUAAUCCUGCCUGGCAGCUCUUGUCCUGCACUGGUACUUAGGGAGCAGAUGGUGACUGCUCUCCCACAUUCUGUACUGCCUUCCUGCAUUCACGUGUUUGGGCAAAUACUUAACACCUGUUUGUUUUUUGUUUUAAGAGGGGGAAAAAAGAACUACACACAAAACGUCUAGUGACAUUCUAGUUGGAGGGCUUGGAAAAUCAGGGCUCGAUUUCCUGCAAAGGUGGGAAGGUGGCUACUUCCUCCCCUGCUGGAGCUGUGGCUAGCCUGGGACUGCAUCUCGACCGUGUUUCUGUCUGUCCGUGUGUGUUCCCUGCCUGGGAACGGAGUCUGGGCUCCAACUGGCAGCUGCAAGUGGCUUACACCAGCGUAACACAGAGCCCAACUCCCCCCUCCGCCUCCCAGUAAGAACUUGGUGUUUCAGGCAGGCUGUGCAGGGUGGCUGCGUGCUGCCUGGGCUGCCUCUCUUGCAGCACAUCGCCCUUCCCACCAGCCCUCCAGCGGCCGAAAAUCCACCGCCUAGAGAAGCACCUUAACUGCAGUGUCGUGUUGGUCGUGUGUGCACUUUCAGGGAGCUCACAGGCGCGUGUGUGUGGUGGGAUCCUUUCCAAAUACUGCUUUAUUUUCCAAACCAUUGUCCCCAGCGGCUGCAUGUCUCAUCCAGGGAUAAUAUGUUUACUGUCCAUUUGUAAAAGACAUGUUUGCAUUGAUUUAUUUUUUUUAAAUUUGGUUGUUUUGUUUUGGUUUUUUUUUUGGUGAUUGAGUUAGAGUGGGGUGGUGAAGAUUGAAUGCUGAUUUUCUUUUCUGUUCACUUUAUUUAAUGAAGACCUGUGCUUGAAUGAAGAGUGUAGCUUAAACCCAGGCUCUGGAAAGGCUGCAUCCGGAAGCGAACAAGCACAACAGAUUGUGCAUAUGUAAUCUACCAUGGGAACAAAGUCGCUUAUACACUGAUUAUUGUGCAACGUGGCUCCCAGCAGCUUUGUCAUGGCGUUUUCCUUCUGCAGGUGACGACUCCUCCUGCUUUAGGAAACCUGUAACUACUAUUUAAUGCUUUUUCUUUUGUAAAUUUGAAUCAUCGUUGUGCAGACUAUGAGACUUGAAAUCCUGAGAUGAGCUCACGCAUUCCCCAUGUGCUCGUAGGCUGCUUGGUUGCGAUGUGCCCUGCGAGGAGCGAGCUGGUGCGAUGUGGGAGCGUCUGUGUGCUCAUGUGUCUGUCUGGCCGCAGCGUGUCUGGGAAGGGUGGCUGACCUGGGAGAGGGGGCAAAUGGUUUUCAGAGUUUAUUUAAUAAAGCAUCUUACUCCUAUAUAUUUUACUGAUGUUGUACAGGAAAAAGAAAAUCUUAAGUGUACAAAUGAAUUGGGCUGCGCUUGAAUUUUUGACUCUUCCUGUUUAAUGAAAUGUGAUUAUGAAGGGAGAUAAAUUUAAGUCGUGCUUGCACAAUAAUUGCAGGGAAUCUUAAAAUGGGGCACAACACUUAUCUACGGGACAUAUUCAAGUAGCAAAACUCUGCUAGCAACAUUGACAAAAAGUGGAGGUUGGAUGAUUUGCUUCCUAGUUAAGUGUUUGCAGGACCAGGGAGGAACUGGGCUGUUCCCUCAGGCUUUCAGCUGAGCUCUGGGUCCCCAUCCUGGAGCUGGUGUUGUCUCGUCUCUUUCCAUCAGCCCGGAGGACUGGGCCACCACUGGUGCUAUGAGAGGAUGUCUGAUCUUAAAUCUUAGGCUGUCACUUUCUCCCUGUGACACGCUGUCUGUCUGUUGUCUUACCGACCUGUGAGCUGCUGCCCUUUUGCAACAUGAAACACACCCUGGAAAACCCCUUUGUGAAAAUACAAACACAUGGAAGGAGGGCUUUCUCUCUGAAGUCCUGCAAAUACUUGUGCUGUAGGAGAAACGUGUUAAAAACUGGAACUGCUUCCUAUCUGCACUGGCUUGAUCUUUGGAGAGUCCUGGAUUUUUGGUGCCUUAAUUUGUUGCACCUUGAAACUAGAAAAACUGUCUCAUUCAAUCAGUGCUGGAAAGCAGGCUCGCUUGCCUCUAGCACUACCAGACUUGUGGCAGAGCAAGGAAGGUUCAGACCUGAUCUCGCUGCACGUACGACCCUUCCCAGCUCGUGCUACUGUGAAGCUGGAGGCUUCCGUUUGGGCUGUUAAAUUGAAGUGAUUUUGCUCCAGAUUCUGGUAGGGGAAUGGAAACAAUGACCAAACCUUCUUGCCGUGGUGGGGUGUGGUGUGCUGAGAAACAAACAAUUAAUCAGAAUGGUUUGAAGUCUUAAGAAUAAACGUAUUCCUUGCUGAGAGCAUCUGGUGGUAAUCAUGUUACAGUGGAGCAUGCUGGCUCGACUCUCAUUGCGGUGAGAUGUGCUCCUUGGGAUGGGGUAGGGUUGUGCGCUUGCUCCUCUGCUCCUGCUCAGUAUUUGAGAGCUGAUUGGUGGUGUCUCUUCUUCCAGGGAUAUCUGCUUCCAGGGACAGUGUGAGUCCUAUUUUCUUAAUUGCUGAUGGACCUGCUGAGUUGGUAACAGGACUGUCUUAUGCUUUCCUAAAUCUCUUCUGCAUGCUUUAUCUCAAGACACAGUAUGACCAGGAAGAAGCCUGUUCAGGGAGGGCUGCAGUCCUUGGAGAUGUCAGUCUCCGGACAGGUCCUUGUGCUGUGGGAGGAGGUGGCCAGUGCCGCCAGCUCCUCCUCAUCCUCACCAUGCUUUGCUCUGAAGCAGGUUUUUGUGGGAGCCUGGGAUGCGCCAAGGUGUCAACACAGGGCUUGCGUAGCUGAGGCGGAGCAGGAAUCUCACUUGCAGCCUUUAUCAUCUUGGUCUUGUGUUUCCUAUCACAGCUCCUGCCUCUGCACUGAUCCAGGAACCCAGUGCAGGAGCUCACAAGUAGAGCUGGGGUGGAGGGUGAGGUGCAGGUUUUGGGACCUCCUGGGCUUUGGGCCAUCUAAAGGUGAUGUUUUACAAAUACAGAUGCUGUGGCUGACCAGGCCUACAAACAAGGACCUACGUGCUGUUGGUUUUAGCUUGGCUCUUCCUCCAGUGUGACUGUGCUCCAGUUACCUCCUCUCUUUGGCGGCUGGUCACUGCAGGGGCUUGGCAGAAGCCUCUCCUCUUGUAAACAUCAGCCACCUGCUAGAGGCAGCUUUGCCAGAGCUGGGGGAUCCCCAUGUUGUAAGCAUGAGCUUCUCAGGCUCUGGAAACACUUAUUUAAAUGGAGCUGGACCAGCAUUACCUCCCAGGUGUACUCGUACCUGUAGGCUGCACUUUGGGAGCUGUUUUAAUCUCACUUAGGUCAGUUGUAACAAGGCCCUGUAAAUGCAGGACAGGGACCAUCUCUGCAACUCAGCUCUGGGGCCCCAACAUAAGAAGGACGUGGAGCUGUUGGAGCGAGUCCACUCCGAACCAUUCUGUGAACCCUUCAGAGCAUCUUCCAGGGCCCAUGUCCAUGUGGCUGUUCAGUUUUCCUGGGCAAGGUGUGGGAGCAGUUAGUGAUGCUGCCUCGUCCUUCCAGAAGCAAGUUUGGAGGCACCACCUGGGCUCGGUUUUCUGUCACCAAGCCCCCGUGCAGCCCCUGUUGCAGCAGCUGCUCUCAAGGUCCCAGUGCUGUGAAAUGAGUCAGGGAAAGACGCUUUGGUGCUUGUGGUGGUUUGGUUCUGUCCCUUCCCUGCUGAGCCUUCCCAAGGAGCUGCUGUCGGCAGGAGCCUGGAUACUCUGCUGCACUCCCCACUGGAGCCAAGUGUGCUUGGUCCCUCUUGUCUGGGGUUGUCCCAAAACAGGAAUCGGAUGAAGCUGCCGUGGGCCCUGGGACCCCGAUUGCUGUCCUGGAGCCCUGUCUCUGGGAGUUUAGGUACUGCAGUGGGUUUAAAUUCUGGUCUGUUAAAUGCUAUUGCUGAAGUAUUUAUUGUGUUUAAACAAAACAAAACAACCUAUUCAAAUUCUGUAAAGAAUAAAAUUUCCAAAGCCUUUUAA